CUGAGGAAAAACAAGAGCAAGGGGUGGCGGCUAGAAGAAACCAGAGCCAAGGAAAAGCAGAGGAGCAAAGCUGCGAAAAAACAGAGCAAGGAAGGUUCAUCUGAAGAGCUGCCGGAACCGCCGCCGCUCAUAGCCGCCACCACCUCACCGAACCCACCAUCAUCACCUGCGAAUUUUCAUCAAGCAAGAGUUUUGUAAGGGUUUCUCUUCUUCUUUAACUUAUUAACGUCCCAGAGCUCCAACAAAGCUUGAAGAAUCAAGUUUCAAUGGGAAAACCAGGAUUUGCAAGAAAAAGAGGAUUGAAGAGAGUGAACAGUUCAAAGCCAUUUAAGAAGUUCAAAAAUCUGAAGCUAAAUCCUGGAGCAGAAAAACUUGUACCUAAGCAUCCUCUAGAAAAUGACUCAGAGGAUUGGUCUGAUGAAAAUUCUGAGGCUGAAUUAGAAACCAAAGAAGAAGAAGAAGUAGAAGAGGAUAUUGUUUUUAACAGAAAGCCAACAAUGUAUGACAAUUUAUUGAAGAGGUUGGGAUCAAGUAGUCAAUUAAUUGCAAAUGCGAUUAAGCAAAGAAAAAGAGGAGAAGAAGGGAAAAGUGAUACAGAAGAUGAUGAAUCAGAAAGUGAGGUUGAAGAUGACAAUGAAGGGAGUAUUGAUGAGUGUCCUAGAAGAAUUGAAAUGAUAAAUGGUGCCAAAGAAAGUGGUGUGCCGGGUUCUACAGAAAAGAGUGAAGAUUCUGGAUCAGAUGAUGGAGAGAUUGGUGCCUCUGACUCAGACGAAGAACAUGAUUCGAGAACAAAUGUUGAAUCCAUUACCAGCAGAAGUACAUUCAGCAGUCACUUGGAAUAUAAAUUAUCUCAAGGAGAGGUUGACAACUUAUUCAAGAGGAAAUGGAAUUACAAAUGGGAAGUUCCUGCUCUUCGUGCACCCAAUUGCAAGUGGAGAGGAACUGGAGACUGUUUUUUGAAGGACAUUGACAUGAAUGAAAUGUGUGGCCUGAAGCCAAGAUUGUAUAAGCAUUGGGUAGAUGUCUAUCAAGGAUCUGGCGGCACUGAUUUUCAAUCAUCUGAGCAGAGAUUCUUUUUCUCCAUCUGCAACAGCUAUCGGGAUGUAUUACACCAUAACAAGAAGCCUUUUUAUCUUAAAGGUCAAGAGGACUCGAGUAUCCUGGAUGCUUAUGUUUUGCACACUUUAAAUCAUGUUUUGAGAACAAGGGAUUUGAUCAGUAAAAAUGAUGCAAAAGUGGCUGAUGCUCAAGGACAAGGGGGCAUUCUCAAUGGUGAUGGUUUCCUGGACCAUGGGUUUACUCGUCCUAAGGUCUUGAUCCUUUUGCCUUUAGCAAGCAUUGCAUUUUGGGUAGUAAAGAGGUUGAUCCAGUUAACCCCUUCAAAGCAUAAGGUUAAUAUUGAACACAUGGAUCGCUUUACUGAGGAGUUUGGGAGUGGAGGAGUUGAAAGUGAGGAGGAGGAUGAGGAUGUUGAGAACUCAAAAAGAAAGAAGUCCUCUAAACCUUCUGACUUUCAGUCAUUGUUUGGUGGGAAUAACAAUGAUCAUUUCAUGAUAGGCAUCAAGUAUAUGGGGAGGAAGAUCAAGUUAUAUGCUGAUUUUUAUUCCUCAGACAUAAUAGUUGCUUCCCCUCUUGGUUUGAUCACUAAAAUUGGCGCGGCAGAAGUAGAGAAAGAAAAGGAUAUUGAUUAUCUUUCCUCCAUAGAGGUUUUGAUUAUUGACCACGCAGAUGUCAUACUAAUGCAGAAUUGGUCUCAUGUGAACACAGUAGUUGAACAAUUAAACCGGUUACCUGUGAAGCAGCAUGGAACUGAUAUAAUGCGCAUACGACCAUGGUACCUAGAUGGACAAGCGCAAUUCUAUCGACAAACAAUAAUUCUAGGUUCUCACUUAAACCCAGACAUCAAUUCACUGUUCAAUCGGCACUGCCUUAACUACGAGGGAAAGGUCAAGUUGGUGUGCCUUUAUAAAGGUGUUCUUCCAAAAGUAUUGAUCCCUGUACGGCAGAUAUACGAGCGGUUUGAAGCAGACUCGAUUGCAGAUGCUGAUGAUGCUCGUUUCCAGUAUUUUUGUAAGAAGGUGUUUCCCAAAAUAAAAGACUCUAUCCAGGGUGGAAUUAUGCUAUGUAUUAGUUCUUAUUUCGAGUUUGUUCGACUCCGAAAUUUUUUGAAAUCUCAAGAAGCAUCGUUCUGCCUUCUUGGAGAGUACACCAAACAAAGUGAUAUAUCUCGUGGGCGAGUUUGGUUCUUCCAAGGACAGCGGAAAAUCAUGCUAUACACUGAGAGAGCUCACUUCUACCACAGAUACAAGAUCCGUGCUAUUCAGAAAUUGAUCAUUUAUUCUCUUCCGGAGAGGAAAGAAUUUUACCCUGAGAUAGUAAAUAUGCUCGAAGGAUCUCAAAACAUGUCUUGUACCGUGCUAUUUUCUCGUUUUGAUCAGUUCCGGCUUGAAAGAAUUGUUGGUUCUGCAUCUGCAAAAAGAAUGAUUACAUCAGAGAAGGGUGUUUUUGUAUUCUGUUAGAAAUUCUUUAGCCGUGCCUCCAGAAAUGGGAAAACAACUGCUCUAUGUUACCGAAUAUCACACCCCUGGGGAAUCACAGAUGGAUGAUCCGUCAUAGAACAACUCCUCCAAUCUGUUAUGGGACAGUUUUCUGCUUUGUUCUGCAGCUACGCAAUGUCUCAAAUACCAUCAAAACUAGUUCUGGGAGAAUUCUUGUACGAAAUAAUAACAUCUGUAGCUCUUGAUCUGAGAACAUCCCUGAUCUGAUUAUUCUUUGUUUCUUUUCUUUUUCUUUUGUCAGAAUUAGCUAUUGACCAUAACUGACUGACCUUUGAAAUGUACCGGUCUGAUACUAUUUCAUUUCCUCUCUGAUGAAAGUUAGGUGGUUACGUACAUCCAGGGUUGAUUUUCAGUUUUGGUUUUUUCGACCGAUAAUGUAAGCUAUAAGCACAAUUUUAAGGAGAACGAGAAUCUCAUUAUGUUA